AUGGACAAUUUUGGUUACCGCGAAAUGGGGUGGCCUUCACCCCUGCAGAGUCCUAUGGCGUCGCCGACCAGGUCUCGACUCACCAGUAGUUUCAGCUCCAGAAACCGGGAACCUGAAGAAUUCCCUUUAAAUACAACAUAUCGACACGUUCGAAAUAUUGACUUACUUGAAAGCGCCCAGGAACCUGGUAAAGUGAAAGAAUAUUUGUUUGUCGGCCCUUCACCACCAGCCGAAGAUGCUCCUAAUAUGUAUCAUAGUUUUGAUGUGUUGGCGCCAGAUCCAGAAGCAAAGUUAACAGAAGAAGCUGUGCGAAAAGGUUUGUGUGAAAGAGCUCAAACUUUAGGCGCUGGCAGGUUUUUUGACGAUGUGGAAUGUGGCUUAAUAACUGCGGAAAAUAUUGAGGAGCAUAUCAGUUCUGCACCGGAGGUAGUAGUAAAUCUUACUUUAUUGUGGGCAGCGUUCCUAGCCCGCGACGAAUUAUUACCUGCAAUUUUAGAUACGGGAGCAGACAUACACUACUCCGAGCCUGCUGGUUUGACUGCUCUACAUUUAGCUGCUUUUAGUGGCGCUGGGAGAGCGGCAGUUUAUUUACUUUCAAGAGGCGCUGACGUCGAUUUUGCUCCAAAAUACUUUGCUCCACUCCAUUCGGCUGCAUUUGGGAAUUCGUUGGAAGUGGCAGAGCUACUUAUAGCUUCCGGAGCAUCCUUACACGCGGUUGUACAAAGAGCAGGCUGUGAAGAUAAUCUUGUUCAUUGUGCAGUUCGUGCUGACGCUGUGGAAUGCAUGGAAUUAUUUAUAGAAAAAGGUGUAGAUCCAGCUUAUGUAACUUCUGGAGGAUUGAAUGCUUUACAUUUAGCUGCAGAACUUGGCGCACAACGAUGUCUUUCAUAUUUGUUGAAGGAAACUAAAAUAAGCGUUAAUGGAGUGACGAAACAAAGAGACAAAGAGUGCACUGCUUUGCAUCUUGCAGCGGCUAGAGGUUACGCAGAAUGUGUAGAGCUUCUUUUAUCUGAAGGUGCUAAGGCAAAUACAAAAAAUUACAGAGGAUUCACUGCGCUUCAUUUGGCAGCAAGAUGUUCUAGCGUAGAAUGUGUGGAAGUACUUUUAAGAGAUGGGAACGCAGACCCUAAUGCUGAGGACUAUGACAAGCGAACACCAUUACACGCGGCUAUCUGCCGUUCAGAAAGAGCUUGUGAUAUUAUUGACAUGCUUGUUAGUUGGGGUGCACAAGUUAACAAAAAAGAUGAGUAUGGAUUUUCGCCAUUACACUUAGCAGCGAUGGACGGGUUGACAGCUUGCGUUGAAACGUUGAUAUUUCUAGGAGCCGACGUCACGUCAAAGUCGAAGAAAGGACACACAGCCUUAAGCGUCAUUGCCAGAAAAACACCCAAAUCUCUUGCAAUUUUGCGGUAUAAUUUGGAUUGCGGUAUAUCAUUGAGCCGAUCGACAGAAGGUAAUGAAGAAGUUCAGAUUGAAUUUGAUUUUGGUAGGCUUCUAAAAUUUUCAUAUCCUCGUGAAAUAACAUAUUUAAAUAGUUUAGUUGAUGAAGGUCAAAAAGAUAUUUUACUCCACCCACUUUGCUCAGCGUUCUUGUUUAUGAAAUGGCGAAAGAUAAGAAAAUUUUACUUGGCGAGACUUAUUUUCUGUUUUCUAUUUGUAACUUUUUUAUCUAUUUACGUAUUGACUGCUGUUGUAAAAACAUGUCAAGGAAAAUAUUCAAAAAAGUAUGGUGUACUCAAUGAACUUUGUCAGAAACAAUCUAUUUUAGGUGAUAUACUGGAAGAUAAUCCACUGGACAUUGAAAGAUGGGUACUUAUUGCAAUAACUGCGUUUGAAAUUGCUCGUAAAAUGACAGGUAUAACCGGUUACUCGAGUAUAUAUCAGUAUUUCACGACUUUUGAAAAUUUAAUGGAGUGGUUUGUUCUGCUUUCUGUAUUUUCACUGUACAAUAUUCACCACGACUAUAGCUGGCAGAACCAUGUCGGAGGCUACGCUGUACUAGGAGCGUGGACUAACUUAAUGUUAAUGAUGGGUCAACUGCCAAUGUUUGGAGAUUAUGUGGCUAUGUAUCAGAAAGUGUUGACAGAAUUUCUUAAAUUACUUCUAGCGUACAUUUGUCUCUUGCUUGGCUUUACAAUAUGCUUUUGCGUAGUUUUUCCUAACGAGGAAAUGUUUGCGAAUCCAUUGAUGGGUUUUAUCAGCACGCUAUCGAUGAUGGUUGGCGAAUUGAACUUAAAUAUUUUAAUUAAUGAUCCGACUCAAGACGACCCCCCUCUUGUGUUUGAAUUGUCGGCUCAGAUAAUAUUUAUUUUGUUUCUUAUGUUUGUCACUAUAAUAUUGAUGAAUUUACUUGUGGGUAUUGCUGUUCAUGAUAUACAGGGUCUUCGUAAAACAGCAGGGUUAUCAAAACUUGUCAGACAAACUAAACUAAUUUUAUUCGUCGAGAUGGGUAUGUUCAGCGCAUUGCUUCCAAAAUGUCUACAUAAAUAUGUCUAUAGAACAGCUUUAGUUUCUCCAGAAGCUGGCAAAGUAAUACUGAGCGUAAAACCCUUAAAUCCACGAGAGAAACGACUUCCUACGGAUAUUAUGAUGGCUGCUUACGAAUUGGCUCAAUUAAAUAAGGUUAAGACUGGUAGAUCUGUGAAGGAGAUAUUGUAUAAGAACAAAUAUUCGUCUAAAUUGAAAAAUGAGGGGCAGACGAACGACCAUAAUUUUAAUUUAGAAAUAAAGGGGAUGCAGGAGAAAAUAGAUCAGACGACAUUUAACUUAAAGAAGAUUGACCAAGAGAUGCGGCACUUGAACACGCUGCUGCUGGAGCAGCAGACGCUGCUGCAGAGCCUGGUGAAGAACACGGCGGACAAGUCUUACUUCUACGCGCAACAAACCUCUUAUUCUGAAUCACCUGUCUUUUUUCCCAGUAGCGCGUCUGAUAUCAUCAAACAUUAAAAUACCUACGUAUUUACUUUCCUUAUUGUUUAUCAGGGUAACAUUUAGUAUUAAGUAUAAGAAAUAUAGUUAUAAGCACACAAGUAAUUAAACGUCUUUAUAAUUCACAGAAUUGAGAGAUAAAUGGCACUGUUUACUCGAAGUUUUGUUAAGAUGUAAUAAUUAUAGUACAUUUUGGUGAUAAGCGUUCAUUACGUAUUCAAUGUCAAGUAAGCUCUGUUUACACUAGUUGCGACAAGAUUGACAGUACGGACUACCAAAUUAUGUAAAUGAUUCUAAAUUAUCUCCACUGUAAUGAAAUUAUUUAAAACAGAAGGGUAUCUGAAUUGUGCAUCAAAUUGAUAGAUGUAUGUAUUAAAGAGAGGUGGUAGACAGAUGAUGAUGAUUAAUGUGUAUCAGAAUCGUCGGUCACUCGCACUUUGUUGGCGUAUUUUAAGUUGAGAUGGUGCUCAAUAAUUGCUCCCCACGUAAUACCUAUUGCUUAUCACUAGAUAUUUGCUUCCAACGCAUGUGCUCCGUGUUAUAAGUUUGUGGGCACUAAGUGGAAAGCAGUUAUUGGCUCAUAAAUAUUACCGUAUGUUGGCCUGUAAAGCCAUAGACACGCCGAGUGACCGGCCAUCCUGACGUCAGAACUGCCGGUCACUUUUAAAUAUUAUUUUAUUUCUAAAAUACGUUGGACACGAAUCAAUUUAUAUAUUAAUAUGUAACAUUUUUUUUCCAUUAUGAUUAAAACUUUUCCACUUU